UAAAAAUGCGGGAAAACAAAUGGCUUUCUUGUAUAUUUGUUCCCACACUUCAAAGCUCUACAGGAAAUAAAGUUCUGAUUUUUAUGGAAUUGAGUUUCCAAACAGAGCUCUGUGGAAGAUUACUCCAUAACUUGGGUGCCACUAAAAAAGUGAAAUCCCAAACCAAGAAUCGUGAUUUCGAACUUUCUUUGAACUUUCAGGAAUUGGGUUACAUUCAGACGAGGAAUAAGAGUGCUCUUUCAGACUGUCAAAAGUUGCUGCUGUGAAAUUUAAAGACAAAUCAGACGGUUAUGUGGUGUAGGAAAAUCUGCAAAAUUAUGGAUGUAAGCUUUCCAUUAAACAGUGGCAAGAACCGAAAGUUCAGAAAGAAACAGAAUGCUAAGAAGAGAAGAAAGCGAAUUGACGAUUUACCUGACCCAAUUAUUCAGCACAUUUUGUCAUACCUUUCAACCAAAGAAGCUGUUAGAACAAGCAUAUUAUCAAAAAGAUGGAAAUACCUAUGGACAUCCAUCCCCAAACUUGAUUUUAAUGAAGGGGCACUGGAUAGGAGGAUGAUGUUCAUGAAAAUUGUGGAAAGAGUGCUUGCGCUUCAUGAUCCUUCAGAUAUAAAAAAAUUCUCUCUGUCAUGUAAUGUGCAAUAUGAUACAUCUCACAUUAACGCGUGGAUUUGUUCUGUCGUGAUGCAUAAGGUUCAAGUGUUAAAGCUGUAUCUUCGUAACUUUCAGGAAUUGUUAGCAUUGCCACCAUGCUUAUUUACUUGUGAAUCAUUAGAAGUAUUGACACUUCACAUGUUCCACUCUCUCAAGCUCCCUUCAAGCAUUAGUUUUUCUCGUCUCAAGUUUUUGGCUCUUGAGAAAGUUAUAUUUUCCGAUGAUCAUUCAACACAACAGCUCUUUACGGGUUGCCCAAUCCUGGAGGACUUAUCUAUAAUUGACUGCAUUUGGAAAAAUGUCAAGGCUGUUUGUAUCUCUUCUCCUAUGCUUCAAAGGUUUUUCAUAACUGAUAAAUACCUAUUAGAUGAUGAAAAUGAUGAUAAAGAUGACCUGAAUGCUGAGGCAGAUGAUCAGAAUGAUUUCAAUGGUUGUCAAGUUGUGAUUUUUGGAACUAGUUUGAAAUCCUUUUCUUUUGAUGGUCAACUCAUAAAUGAUUAUUGCUUCUACAACCCAUCCUCAAUAGUAGAUGCGUCUAUUCAAUUCUUCAAAAGAGACGCAGAAUAUGAUUUCCUAGAUGCUCAUCGUGUAUUUAAGCUUCUUAGCGGGCUUGGUAAUGUGGAAAAGCUGACACUAGAUGUUGGUGCUCUUGAGGUUCUCAGUUAUGCAAAAGAGUUAUUUGCCCAUCAGCCUGUAUUUUAUAAAUUGACCCAUCUCAAUUUCGAAAGUGGGUUUCCAAUAGAAUUUGAUCUUGAGGCACUGCUGACCAUAAUCCGGAACUCUCCAUGUCUUAACUAUCUUAGUUUUGGGACGCAGGUCUGCCUACCCACAUAUUGUGGAAAUCAUGAUUUGAUAAUGAACCCAGUGCCUUCAUGUUUCGUGACAAACCUCGAGACUAUCGAAAUUUUUGGCUUUUGUGGAGAUGAAAAAGAGAUGCAUGCAGUAAAGAUUUUACUUGGAAGUGCGUCAGUUUUGAAGAGGAUUGUCAUUAUCUGUGAUGAAUUUUAUUUCGAUUCCCAUGGGGACUUAAAGAAGAAGCAAAAGGAAAUUUUUGAACAGAUACUGCUGUUCCCCAGAGGGUCAAGGAGCUGUACAGUACAUUUCCUUUUGGGUAUUUCUAAGGCUCCACGUUAUAGUGGCUAACUGACGCAUUAAAAUUAUGCCGUAUUUUUAAACUUCUUUAUUAACCUUUUGCCUAUGU